AUGGUCAACUUCGAUGUAAACAAGGACAUUCCUGACCUUUCAGGCAAGGUCAUCGUCGUCACUGGAGGCAACAUCGGCCUCGGCAAAGAGACCAUCACGCAGCUCAGCAAGCGCAAUCCAGCAAACAUCUACCUUGCCGCUAGGAAUGAGUCCAAAGCUCUGGCUGCUAUUGACGACAUCAAAAAGAAAGUCCUCAACGCUGCACCCAUCACUUUCCUCGAACUCGACCUGACCUCUUUUGAGAGCAUCAAGCGCGCAGCCAAAGAGUUCCUCUCUAAGGAGCAAAAAUUGCAUAUUCUCAUCAACAACGCGGGCAUUAUGGCCUGGCCUGCAGAUACAACGAAGGAGGGAUAUGAGAUUCAGUUUGGCACAAAUCACAUGGGCCAUGCCCUCCUCGUUAAACUCUUGCUUCCCGUCCUGACAAAGACCGCAAAGUCUGACAAAGACAAAGACGUACGCAUUGUCUCACUCUCAUCAGCUGCAGAGGCGUGGCCACCAAAGGACGUGUACAAUUUUGAUGAGCUCAAGACCGACAUGGCCUCCACGAGUACUUGGGCGCGCUACGGUGCCUCGAAGCUGGCCAAUAUUCACCACAUCCGCGCUCUUGCCAAGAGACAUCCAGAGCUACGCUGUAUCGCCGUUCAUCCAGGAGUUGUUAGCACAAAUCUCGGAAGCGGACCACUUGCCAGCUGGCCACUUUUUAAACCACUGUUCUACAUUGGGUCAUGGCUUUUUACAACGUCUGUCGAGAACGGUGCCAGAAACCAGCUUUGGGCUGCAGUCAGCCCGGAGGCUCAAACUGGGGUGUUUUACUGGCCUGUAGGCUUGACAGGGAAGGAUUCUAAGCCCGCCAAGGACGAUGAACUCGCCGAGAAACUGUGGGACUGGACCGAAAAGGAGCUGGAACCUUACGUUUGA